UUGGUCUACGCGCCACCGACGCGCCGUCGGAUCGUCGCCGGCAACCGUCCUUCUCCAAUUUCUCGAUAUUUAUUUACCGUUGCUUCUGGGACUGCAAGUGAUUUUGAAAUAUUUGAGAGCAGCUUCUGCUUAAGAGGUCUCUUUGCCUCUUCCUCCGACAGAAAGCAUUACUCAGAAAGUGCAGUCAUUUGGCAAGAAAGCAUGUGUAUAGCCGUAUUCAUAUGGAAAAUGCAUCCUCUCUAUCCUUUCCUCCUAUUCCUCAACAGAGAUGAAUACCACAAUCGUCCGACGAAACCAUUGGCAUGGUGGGAAGAUAGUGAUAUACUUGGUGGAAGGGAUGAAGUUGCUGGUGGGACUUGGCUGGCUUGUACUCGCUCCGGAAGAGUUGCUUUCCUUACUAAUGUUCGUGAAAUCAAAUCAAAUUCAGAUGCCAAGAGUAGAGGAGACCUUCCUGUUCGAUACUUGAAGAGUGAUAAGAGUCCUCGUGAUUUUUCAGAGCAACUUUUGAGAGAAGCGGGUGAAUAUAAUGGGUUUAACUUGAUAGUUGCUGAUCUUUGUUCAAUGACCAUGGUUUAUAUAACCAACCGACCAAAAGACAGUGGUAUGUCCGUGACUGAGGUUUCACCCGGUAUUCAUGUUUUAUCAAACGCAACACUAGACUCUCCAUGGCCUAAGUGUCAACGGCUGGAAUGCAGUUUCAAGCAAUUAUUAGAUGAAUCUGGCGAAUCUGAAAUUCCAAUAGGCCAGGCAGCUGAAAGAAUAAUGAGAGACUUGGCUAAAGAAGAUAGCAACCUGCCAGGCAUAUACUCCCCUGAGUGGGAGUACCAGUUGAGCUCCAUAUUCGUUGACAUUGAAACGUCCAUGGGGCGUUAUGGCACAAGAAGCACUUCUUCACUGGCAGUGAGAAGUUCUAGUGAGGCAACUUUUUAUGAAAUGUAUCUUGAGAAGGAUGUAUGGAAGGAGCAGCAAAUGACCUUUGUGAUUGAGAAGAUGAUAGAAGGUGUUGUUUCUACAUCCUAAGACGUUCUUCAAACAUGAACUACCAAGAUCCAGACAAGCCAAUGUUUGUGAUCUUUCCCAUGGAUAAAGCGCAGAGUUAUCUUCCUCUCCUAAAUCUGCAUAAUCAAAUAAUAUUUCAAUUGUACUACUGUUGAAUAAUCAUUCAUUUAUCUUGCUCCAGAACCUCCUUGCACAAUCCACUAUGGAUGAUGGCAUGAUGCGGUGGUUCUGCUUAUUAAGAGUAUCCUAUUAGUGUAUAUCUAAAUCUUAGCUGCUGUCAUUAGAAUAAGUGUUGCAGCUAGUGUUGUAAUAUGAAUGUACUAGUAAAUGUGCACUUACCAAGCACUGAUACUGAUUUACUAAAGGCAUGAUUAAAAAAAAAAAUACUCCAAAUACCAAAAGAAAUGCUACUUCUGGAUUCAUCAGACAUAAUGGAAUAUGAGCUCCAUUUUCUGAAGCUAAGAAGCACAGAGAUAAAGUGAUUGACAAAAUUAUUGUUUCUGGAUAUUGUUGGAAAUAAAUUUGGCUUCAUAAACUUGAUAAAAUAUUAUAAUAUUUGGCUUCAUAAA